AUGGCCAAUACUCUCUCUCCUUCUGACCUUAAGUGCUAUGCUAAAGAAAUGCGAAAGUUGUCAACACAAAGGGUCCGGAAACCUUGGCGUCGUAGUUCCCGUCCUCGUGUUAAACAUAGUGCAGCUGAAAAAUCAGCUGCCAGAAAGCAGCGCAAGGAAUUUCGUACUGAGUAUUCAGCUGCACUUGCUGCAGCACGAGACAUCAUAUGGGAACAAGCCAUACAAUUGCGUGAAAAGUUUGGCCAUCACUCGGUUGACUACUACGAAACAAUUAUGCAACAGUCACGCAAAACGGUCAACAAAUGUCCAGCAACUCGCUGGAAUGUAUUUGUCCGACAAGAGGUGAAGCGUGCUAAUGACGCGCUUCCACCUGGUACUGAGCAUCAGAAGGCCCCUGCAAUGAUGAAGGACUUGUCGGAACACUGGAAGGACAUGUCAAAGGAUGAACGUGAAGCCAUAACGGAGGAUACUGUUGGAGACCUUAACAAUCAUCGAGAAAUGAAGGAGCUAUUUCAGCGAAAUAUCACAGUAAGCUUGUUUCAAGAUGUUAAACGAACAUUAGCUUCCAUUGAUCGCGAGCUUGCUGCUUUAAAUGCACGGACAGGCAUGGAGAUAAUUGUGCUUGCUGUGCGCUCGGAUGUUGACCACUUUAACCAACCACAUGUAUUUCAUACCAAACGUGCUCGUGACUUCUUCACUGCAUGUUUGAAAUCUUCGGUCCAUGACAUUGCCUUUAGACUGGAGGGUUUUUGUGUUGUGGGUGUGAAAGGUCUAGCCAGAACGCACAUCGAGGAGUUUAUCAUUAUGUUGCCUGUAUGUGGUGGACUAAUUUUCUACUUAGAGACCGUUGCUGCACUGCAGAAGGUUUCACGAAUGUACUAUCAAAACUUCGACACUAACAUCACGGCUCAGUACCGCAUCAUUAUUGAGAAUUGGCCGCUGGCAAAAUUCUGUGCCCCCGGUGAUAUUAGCUCACGCAAUGAGCUGUCAGUCCUUUACCGUGCUUGGGAAUCUGAUGCUACUCGAUUCCACCACCUCACUGACACUGAAUUUGAACUCUGGAAGGAGGAUCGGUUCCAGGCAGCAUUGGCACUACAGAACGACACUACCGUGGAGGGCACUCAGAACGAAGCUGCCAUGGAAGGCACUCAGAAUGAAGCUGCCGUGGGGGGCACUCAACCAAGUGAGAGCUCACCCAAGCACCCUCUCGAGUCGUCACCAGUCACUACAGACACUGCGCACCCCAACAACACUGAUCCGCAGACUCAACCACAGCCGGAUGCUAACCCUCGUCCUGAUGCUAACCCUUGUCCUUCUGGUUCCUCUCAACCUCGUGGACACAAAUGCAAGGCCCCAUCUGCAGAGGUCCUGAACACUGUGUUCUCAAGCAAUGGUGAUGGUGUCCCUGUGCAGAAAAAGGCUCAGAAAGAGAGAUCUGACAAAGGGAAGGCAGGUGGAUCAUGGAAAAAGGUUCCUGCUGACGCUCCACAAGAGUCUGAGGUUCCUCCCGCAUCUGCAGAGUGA